UGCAACUACAGCGGAGGCGAGACCUACAGAUCGCAAUGGGCCAACGGUCGCUGAUCUGCCUGCCGCUGCUGCUGCUGCUACUGGGGCCGCUGGGGGUGCUGCAAUCCAGAGCUAUGGCCAGACCCACGCCCACCCCCCCACUGAGAGCCCCCCAGUCGCUGGCACUGCUACGGGCCCGUGACCAGUGCAGUGCGCACCUGAGUCACGCCCAGCGAAUGCGCAUGGAUCGGAUGCAGUAUGAGAAUCUGCCGCAUGUGCAGCGAUACAUCCACUGUUUCUGGUCACGCCUGCAGCUGUGGCACGACGGCACCGGCUUCGAUGCCCUCGGCAUCGUCCACAGUUUUGGAGGACCGCGACGCCUGAAUGUGGAGCAGGCACUCCCUGCCAUCAAUGGGUGCAAUGCGAAGGCGCGAAGAGUGUCGCAUGGAGUCUCGGACUGGUGCUACAGAGCCUUCGCCUGUGUGUUGAAGACACCUGUGGGCGAUUGGUAUCGCCGGCACAUGGCCGAUGUCAUCAACGGAAAUGCCUAGG